ACAAACAGACCGGAACUGUCAGUAAAUGGGAGUCCUGUAUUGUUAUUUGAGGGGUUUAGGCAACACCCCAAGGGGGUGAGAAUAUACUGCCUCGCGGUGUUUGAAUUGUAGUAAUUAUUAGAGAGUGGGUUCACACGGCCGAUCGGUGCAAUUAUAUCGCAGUAGGACGUUGGGUAUCAGCGCUUGCGUGAAAAGGGCUAAUGAGAACUGGAUAAAACACCCGGUGGUGUGAUUUGCUGAGUUACGUUACGUUACGUUAACAAUACGUGAUACCUUAUUGUGACGAUCACUAACCCUCAACUCUGCGCACGACUUGUCAGAAGCUGAAAGUCUGUCCAUGUGUAAGGUUUUUUGCUGAAAUUUUGUUCAAGAUGUAUCGUCUUACAAUCGGCGAUCUUCUGGAUCGCUUCAAGAAAGGUACCCUGACGUGUGAAGCGUAUACUAAGCGGAUGAUCCAGCGGGCUGAGGACCUGAAGAUUUUCAACUACUUCGUCUCCAUGGAUACAGAGCGGAUGUUGCAGAAAGCCAAGGAGGCAGAUGUCAGGUAUCAGAGCAAGACCAAUCGACCUCUUGAAGGAAUCCUAAUCGCCUUAAAGGAUAACAUCGACGUAGAAGGAGAGGUGACUGGAGCUUGUACUCCGGGUCUAGCUGGUCUCAAACCAAAGCACACAGCUGAGGUUGCUAAGAGGCUUUUUGACGCAGGGGCAAUCCACGCUGGUCGGACAAAUAUGCAUGAGCUGGCUGCUGGAGCGUCAACCAUCAAUCCGUACACAGGAGAUAGUCACAACUUUCACAACUUUGACUACAUUUGCGGGGGGAGUAGCGGUGGAAGUGGAGGGGCCGUCGCCGCUGAUAUCGUCCCCGUUGCCCUCGGUACUGACACCGGUGGAUCAAUCCGAAUUCCCUCUUCCUUCAAUGGUGUCUUCGGUCUGCGCACUACUAGCGGCCGUUGGCCGGCUGACUACGGUGUCAAGAUGACGCAUGUUAGAGACUCAGUCGGCCCCAUCACAAGGUGCGCCAAUGAUAUCGCGAUCCUAGAUCACGUGAUGACAGGGGAGGAACCUCUCGAUGACGUCACACCAGCAGAUAUUAGAAUUGGAGUGGCGAGACCUCACUUCUGGGAAGGUUUAGACCCUACGGUCCAGGAAUACGCGGAGAAAUUCUUGGCAGAGCUCAAAGACAAAGGUUUUACCAUCAUAGACGAAGGUGAAGUUCCAGGAGUUGCUGAGAUGUUUAGCAGCUACUUCCUACCAACCAUAAACUAUGAGUUCAUCCCUCGACUUCAGGAGUACUUGGAUCACCACGGACACAGAGUACCAGUUGAAGAAGUCGUCAACAAGAUAGCAUCACCAGAUGUCAGAGAGGUAUUCCAGUCUAUAGUUCAGCACCCAGUCAGUCAUGGGCUUUACCAGGCAGCGAUGACAGCCAGAGACAAGCUCAGAGACGACAUGAAGAAGUACUUCGAGGAUCACCAACUCGACUGCAUCCUCAUGCCUGCCAAUAAAGUACCCCCUCUGUUGAUCAGCAUUUACGAGCCCCCUACAGAAGAUGCAAUCACCCACAAUGAGGAUUGCGGUAACAUUUGCAACAACCCAUCCCUUGUGAUUCCGGGUGGGCGUGUCAGAGGGAGUGGGGUGCCCUUUGGAAUGCAGAUUGAAGGCCUCACUGGGAAUGAUAGGCGUCUCAUCGCAGUUGCAAAGGCGAUCGAAAAAGCUCUUGAGCUGUAGACUGUUUAACCUUAUAAAGACAAAGGACCACAAAAGGAGUUUGAACUUCCCGGGCUAUCUAACCCUACACAUCAGACUGGUAUGCUCAUUGCCAAAGCACAAGGACCACACGCUAGGAUGAUGAUUCAAAAGAGGGCGCUAUCAGAAGAAGUUUGUACACAGUUUGCCGUAUGUGGAAUAGGGGGGACAGAAUCUCCUGCCACACCAGCAUUUGGCUAGUAAUGGUUAAUAUAGCACUAGUUUUUGUAUCAGCCGGGGUAGAGGGCGCGGGUAGACAGGCUUGGGGUUGCACCAUUUCGAAAUUGCGCAAGUGCUAACUGUUGAAUGAGGUGCAUUCUGGUCUAUCUAGGGAUCAAACUUGAUCCAUAGCUAGACCAGAAUGCACCUAAGUACAUGCCUAACGCACGCGCACGAGUAUUUACGAAAGAUCUACUAGUUUGGGUGCGUUCGUUCAGUUCGACCCCGGUCUGCCCCGUAACGUUUGAAUAGCUUUGACGGGGCUCACCCGGGUCAUCCCCCAGUUCCCUGACUUGAGGAGCAUGCAUGCCGUCACCACGAGAGGGCGAGUGUGAUCGUUCGAUUAGCUAUUGUCAGGGGCUCAGCCGAGUGAGCACUGCGGGGUCGACCCAGCGGGAAGCUAAACGAACGCAUUAUAAUGUAGACAAAAGUAUGCACCAAAAGUAUCAAAUUCGUUUGAAUAUGAACGCACUAUUUGGGGGUCAUGUGCAACCAUGGAGGAAGGAAAAUAGACUAUUUUCCUUCCUCCGUGGUGCAACUAAAAGAUUGUAUUGUGUAUUUAUGGCAGGCUAUCACAACAUUUGAGUCCUGUGCUUAAAAAACGUUGCCUUGGAUCGGUCGAGUUGGUCUUCGAAAAGCGUUCGAAACCGUUUGUUAUAAAAUGCAU